UGGCGGAGGCCCGGGCACAGUGAAAGUGGUGGUGUCGGUGGGGACGGACGGUGCUCCUCCGCUCAUAGCUAACCUAAUCAUCGGCCUGAGCCUGCAGGGGACUCGUUGACUAGCAGAAGGCGUGGCAGGAGGAGGAGACAACCUCACAGAAACGAGUGAAGUCAGCAUGAAGUGGUGAGACGGUGGAGGCGGCUCAUACAGUAUCCUUUAAGGACUGACUACUGAGAGUGCUGGAGCUUCAUCGUCUGUGUGCAUAGUGAAGUGGCGGUGCAGGCGGGCAGUGAGCGGCGAGAGAGCACCAUGUCCACGCCAAGGAUGCAGGACAGUCCCUUCCGCGAGACGGAGUGGGACCAGCGGCUUGAUCGAAUGCUGGAUGACCUGAAGACAACGGUGGGCAGCGACGCAGAGAUGGUAGAUGGGCGCUCCGACGGUAGCCUCGUCUCCUCCUUCAGAACCUCCUACUGCGACGAAAGGCCAGAGAGCUUCGUGGAAAUAUUCAGGAGCUCUUCCCGCAAUGAGGCUCGCAGCGGGUCGCGUGCCGGGUCACGCAGCAGCAGCGCCCCGGCAACAUCCGUGGAGGACGGCGGCCAGGUGCGCCACACCCGCCACGAGUAUCGUACCCCCGACAACAAGACCCACGUGGUCACCGAAAAGUACGAGUAUGACACCGGUGACACCAGCAAGACGAAGCACUACCAGAAGAAGGUCAUGAAGUCCACCUACUCCACCUUCAACUCCAUGAGCGCCGGCAGUGUGGAUGACCCUCCCGCCCCCGCCCCGCAGGUCUCACCACCCGCACCAUCAGACACUAAAGUUAUCAGUGCUUCCCAGAAAGUUGCAAACAAAUUGGUUGAUGCCCUGUCCAGUAUAGGCAGGGAAGGGACCCACGAGCCGACGCGGGAUUCUGGGGAUUCAGAUUCCCUCAAGACGGACACCUUGAGAUCUUCCACCACCAUCACCACCGACUACUCCACGCUGGGACGCCUGCGGAAGAACAUCAACGAGCUGGACUCGCUUAUCUAUUCGCUGGAGGGAUCGCAGACAAAGCAACAGGCAGUGGAAGGUCAGAGAAUCGUCGAGGUCAAAGAGACUGUAGUUCCUGUGAAAGCCAUUGAGGAGAAGGCGCCUCCCCCAACGGCAGCGCCUAUUAGCCCGGCGAGCACCACAAGGUCAAAAAAAGAAGUGGUAUUUACAACGGAACAGGUCAAGCCUGAGCCAGUGGAGGCCCCUGUGUCUCCAUCACAGACCUCGGCCAAGCAGACCACCACGACCAUCGUCACUACCAAGAAGACCACGGAGUCCCACAGUAGCGCGGCGAGUCAGCCUGAAGUGCCGGUAAAGGAAGGGAGCACCACCACCGCCCCGCAGCCCCGCACCUCCUCCCUCACCAACGGCACGGUCACCUCCGCCAACACCUCCACCAAAUACGAGAACGAGGACUUCGACGACCCCAAGAGCGGCGAGGUGCGGCGCAUCGUGUGGCGCAACAGAUUCGAGAAGACGUACGAGGCACAGGACUCCAGCCACCCCCCAACGAUGAGCAUCGAGGAGGAGGCCAGGAGAGACACGCUGCAGCGCCACCACCACACUUCCACGUCUGCCUCCACCACAUCGACGCUCUCCUCUCCUCCACAGCGUGGGCCGCAGUCCCCCCGCCAGCCGCAUCUACAGUGUGCAGUGUACUGGCCAGGUUAUGCCGGCGCUCCGCACGUCUCUCCGGGAAGCCAGUCCUGGAAGGAACCCAUCCCGAUGCCUACUCCUCCACAACUGUCACCGCGGGAGCCCGGCGUUGCCUACAUCUACACUUACGGAGGGACGGACACCACAGGGAAGUCUGGCGUGCAGCCACUGCCGCCUCUCAACUAUGUGAAUGUGCCCAGCGCCCAGUCAGUGCCACCAAGCGAGGGAGCUCCCUCUCCUACACCUUCUUCACAAGUCCAGACACAGCCUAUCAUAUACCAUUACUCUUAUCACUACACCAUCCAGCCCGGCCAGCCCCUCCCUGAAGGAGCUCCUCCCCCUCCUGCCGGAUUGGUCCCUGGGUCCCAGCCAGCACUUCAAGUGGCGCCACCCUCAACCCACACUGGCCUCCACUCACACACGACGCACCGCACCCACACCACCACCACAACGCACGCGGGCCAGCCAGGCCAGCCAGGCCACCCUGGUCAUCCCGUCAGCCCGCCUGAAAAGCCCAGUCAGAUUAGUCCUAUUGACCCUCCCAGUCAGCCAGGCCAGCCAGGCCAGCCAGGCCAGCCAGGUCAACCAUCCUCCUCAGUUAAUUACAACAUCCACUCCCACACCAGCCGCACCAUCAAUCGCACCGACACCACCAACGUGAAUCAUUCUGGCCCACAUGGCCCCGGUGGACCAGGAGGACCGUAUGGCCCAGGUGGCCCAGGAGGACCUUAUGGCCCCGGCGAUGAUCCAGGCUACCCGCGUAAGCCUCGUGAACCCGUAGGUUCAGACGGUCCAAGCAGCCCCGACGGCCCCGGUCAGCCUGGCCAGCCCGGACACCCCGGUUCAAUUUCUAUCACCAUCAACAAGACCACCACACGCACCACCCACACUGGUGGUUAUCCUGGAGGCCCCGAUGGUGACACGCCACCAGUCACUUCCACUCCGUACUCAAGCCGCGGUCGGUCAGUGUCUCCGGAGCCCCGAAGCCCGGGCUCGCCCCAACACGUGACUUACGUCACCAAUGUGUCCAGAACGUCAUAUUCGGAUUCGCUGGAACGCGUCCGACGACCCAGGAAUGAGACGCUGCCCUUCCCCAACACCUCGCCCAUUAAGUCACAGGACAACGGCAAGAUUCCUCGCCGCGUAGAUGACCUCAUGACUUCCUUUUCUGAUUCUGAGGACGGUCCCGGACUCCCAAGCCGCAGUCCAAGGCGAGGGGACGAUCCAGCCGACCAUGAACCCCUUCUGCCCAGCAAUAACCAGGUGGCGGUUCGGGCAGAGGCAGACGCAAAGGCAGUGGCGGCGGCGGAGGCUAAAGCAGAGCCCACCAAGAACAAGGCCGGGCCCCCAGUCUACUAUCCUCCGGGACACGACUUCCACGAGACUAUGCACACCAUGACACUGAAGGAGGGUCGUCGUCGGGGCAAGGCCAAAUGGAGGAUGGAGCGCUCAGCGGGCUACAAGGAGAGCUCCUCUCACUCGGAGUCCAAAGGCGGCAUGGCCAUGGUACCCGUGUGUCUGCCACUUUGCUGCGGCGCCGCCUGCGUCGUCAUGUAGUCACCGGGUGUCUUAACGAGAUUUUGCACAUUUUUACAACAAACACAAAUCUUCUGCUUUGCUUUUUCAUCAAUUCAUCGCAAGUAUCAGACCGGUGGAAUGAACAUUUGUAAAAUAAUUAAUUGCAUUUUUUUCCUGGCCGUAUUGUGGCGGCUUUGGCGACUUUCAGGCGGCUCAUGAAAGCAGCCCAACCCUGCAGUUCCCCGGAUCUCGCCACGCUUACGCACAAUACGUACACUGUGUUAGUAUGACAUACUCGUGCACACUUUGUGUUUCUGUUAGUUGUUCAUUAUUAUUCACAUUGUAAACCCGACGUCUUUUAAUGUAUAAAGUGAACAUAUUAAUUUGUAAUGUAAAAGCAACACUGGCCUUCUGGCAUCAAUGUUUUCCUCCGCGACACAUCCUUUGAAAGUGUUGACUCUGCUCUGGCGCUUCGUCCUCUGUGUCUAGUAGGCUCGUGGCGGUGUGGCUGGUGGAACACUCCUCCUUCAAGCUCGGCGGGAGCGACGCAAAGUCCUGGUGGGACGUGAUCAAGGAAGGAGGUCCUGCCUGGUUCUUGGCAAGCCACGCAACACACACUGGACGGAGCGGGUCCGGGUAGUGUGCCGCACAAGGCCCGUAACCAAGGUUGUUAUGGUGCUCGCCACUUGAGGGCUGCCCUCGAGUGGCGGCGCCGAGCUAUGUUGCUGCUGAGGCUGUCUUAGCAUAGCUCAGGCUGUCUCAACAAGCAGCCACCAACCCGUAUUUUAAGUCUGCCCUAACCUACAUGUCUGCCAGCACGGCGACACCCACUUGUGCCUUAACAAGCCUUGUUUCCCGCGGCGCCCACUGAAAGGUGGCGCGCAGCACUCAGCUUCCCGCUGUAAAGUUCUCUUUUAGCGCUGGUGCUAAAAGGUUGCCAUAUAUUUUUACAGUUAUAAUUUUAUGGAAGUUAAAGAGAAUUGAGUGUAGAUAAAUCAUGAACAUUAUUACUAGUAUUGCAAAUGAUCUAGGCUGAAGACCCAUCAGUCACGCACUUCUUCAGCCUGACAGUAUGCACGAAGACAAUCCUUCGGGAUCGGUGACGCUCCGAAACCAAUCUUAUCAUUAUGAUUUUCUGUUAUGUUACGUGUCAGUUUCCACUAACUGAAAAAAUAAAAAAAAUAUCUUAAA